AUGGCUACUCAAUACAAUCUCGAUAUUCCUUUCUCGGCAAGCCAUGGUCAACAGGCUUUCAAGCUUCUUGAGCUACCUCCAGAGCUCCUCGCGCUCCUAGAGUCAGACAACCCCCCGCGAAUCUCUAUAAUUUCCUCUCCUCCGACCGCCACGACUCCUGGAUAUGCGGUUCUGUGCACCGGCGAUAAGAAAUACCAAAUGCGACAGAAGAACACAUCAAAUCCGAUCAUGGUGCUCAAACCGUCCUUGACCAAGCCUACAGAGUUAGAUGAUCCUGCGACUUUUAUUCCACAGCCUUCAGUUACUACAACCGCCAAGAUUGCGGAUACCAUCGAGUUGAUUGUGCAGGAGGCAGAGUCUAAAGCUCCGCCGAAGGUCAAUAAGUGGCAUGAGAAAUUCGCCAAGAGCAGAGCUGCGCAGAAGGAUAAUUGA